GUGAUGGCUCCACUGGCACAAAGUGUCCUGGUGACUGGUUCCAAUCGGGGCAUCGGGCUGGAGCUGGUGAGGCAGCUAGCAGAGGGUCCAGAUCCCCCACAGUAUAUCUUUGCAACCUGCCGUGACCCUGAGGGACCAGGAGGGAAGACCCUGCGAGACCUGGCUGCCAAGUACCCCAAUGUGAGGCUGAUCCAGCUGGAUGCAGUAAACUUGGCCACCAUAAAAGCAGCUGUACAGGUGGUGGAGUCCCAGUUGAAUGGAAGGGGCUUAAACCUGCUCAUCAACAAUGGAGCGAUCAAUUCCCAUGACUCACUUCAGUCAGUGGCACCGCAGCAGAUGCUCUCUGUGUUCAGUACCAAUGUGGCUGGUCCUCUCCAGGUGGCCAAGGAAUUUCUCCCCCUGCUGAAGGAGGCAGCAAAGGAAGCCAACAUGGAAGGACUGAGCUGCAGUAAGGCAGCAAUCAUCAACAUGUCCAGUUUAGGGGGUUCCAUUGAACUGGGUUUUGGAAUACUGCAAGCCCCCAUGUACCCUUACAGGGCCAGCAAGGCUGCUCUGAACAUGGUGACAAGGUGCCUGGCUGUAGAGCUUCAGGAAGUUGGCAUCCUGUGUACUGCAAUCCAUCCAGGCUGGGUGAAAACUGACAUGGGCACUGAAAAGGCCCCUCUGACUGUUGAGUGCAGUGUGCAGGGCAUCCUGAAAGUGCUCUCCAGCCUCUCACAGGCAACAACUGGAGCAUUCCUAGACUGGGAAGGCAAGACACUGCCCUGGUGAUUGCACUCCUGGCCUGAAGACUGCAACAGAUGCUGUUACCAUGAACACAAGGCUGAAUGGGUGACAGCUCCUGGAAUCCCCUCAGCUUAUGACUUCCUCUCACACUGGGUCUCCCAUUGCAUCCCUUUCUCUUGUUUCAAGCUCUUGGCAAACUUCUUCCUCACAGGUCCCAUUACCUUCUGUCUUUCCUUUCCCUUCAGCACAGCCCAUUGUCAUCUACCUUUGCAAAUCUUGGAUUAAUUCCACAGUUUAACUCAUUUUCCAAAUGGCUAUCAAAUGCUCUAUUCGCUAUGAUUCUGCCUCUCUCUUUCUGCUGCUUUCUAUUUUGGUUGACAAGGCUUCAUGAGCCUUCUCUGUCCGUGAGCAAACAGUGAGAAAUCCCUGAUUAGUAAUGUUGCUUUCCAUCCUAUGUCCUGUGCAGCUUUCAAGAAUAAUUGGUACAUCCUUGGCCAGGAGCCUGUCCCAGCACCUGCAAUGUACUCUAUACAUGGCCUCUCUCCAGUCUGGUCCCAGCCCAUGAAGCAAGUCAGAGAUUUUGUACUGCCUUCCCAUUCCUAUCUCCUGUCUUUAUUUCCUGGCUUCUAGUGCAUGUGCUGCCACUCUGACAAUUUGUCCUGUCACCAAAGUGAUUGCUCUUUCCCAAGUGGUCCUUCCCACCUAACUUCACCCUUUGAUUUUUCUCCAUUUGUAAAAAGGAUCUAUCAGAACUACUAUGCACAAAUGUGCUGCUGACCCAGUCACUGGGGACCAUGCAGUUGAUCCAUUGGCUGCCAAAAAGAAGCUUCCUCAGAACCUUCCCAGUCACUUCCAUCCCUGAUCUUCACACCUGCGUUCCACCUUCUCUUCUGUUUCCAAGUCCUACCUUGUCCUCUCCCAACCCAAUUCGCUAGCUGUCUCUUCCUCUCCUUCAUUCAGCCAUGUUGACAUCACCCUGGAGAUUCCUCCGUCAGCCCUUUCCUGAAUGCUGAAUUUCCCCACCUUUUGAUUAAAUCAGUGGUGCUGAAGUCAUUCAGCACUGAGCAGAAGAGUGGCACAAAGCCAGUCUGCAGGCUGGAUCUAGAGCACAGCGCUGUGGCAUCUGCACCACAGGGCUGGAAUUUGGCAGCGGCCGUCUUAUUUGCUAGAGCUUCCAGAGCCACGGCUACCAACACUCCUCCCGUCACCAAAUUUCCAGCCCUGCAGGCAGCCCCACAGACAAAGUGACAUGACUCCAUGCUCUGGAUCUGGUCUGUGGGGUUUCCCCUGGUCAAGAAAUGUAGUGGCAGGAUGAGGCAAUUAACCCUGCCACCACUCUCUACACUGCCAAAUUUCCAGACCUGGGUGGGAGCCCUAUGAGCCAAAUGACAUGGCCCCAUAGGCCAGAUCUGGCCUGCGGACUGUAUUUUGGUCACCUCUGGACUAGUUCUCUACUAGUCACUUCUUUCCCCCGUGACUUAAGUGUGUUGGCAGUGGUGGUGGUUGUGUACCAUUGUGUCCCUCUGUGAUUCCCUCUCAUGGGUCAAGUGCCAAAUAAAUAAACUCAGUGGAUUGUAAUUGGCAGGUAACAUGGGACUAACACUCCAGGCACUCUCAUUAUGGCCCUUUCCUGCCUGAGAAGCCUGUUCAGUAUGUAACCCUGGCACACGGUGCUACCCGUGUGCCACAUCCAAGUGUUGGAAUCCUGGGGUUCCCAAUAAUGUAGGCCUUACUUGUCUCUCCUAGGAGCCGAAAUGGGGCUUUCCAUCAGGGAGGGCCCCUUUUACCCUUGCAAACCCUUUGCAACCACAUAUAUAAUUAUUUACAAAUAUUUAAUUAUGUAUAGUUUGAUUAUAUGCAGAAUACAGUAUAACUAAGGCAGAUACAAAUUACAAGUUGCUACCAAAACAACUCUAUAUAUGUUACACAAAAGGGGCAUUGCUGGUAUGAGGAUAAUUACCGGGGUGCCUACAGGGUUCACAAACUGAUAACCUCUCAGGUGUGAUCUAAGGUAAAGGAGAAGCAUAAAACAACAAUUAAACACUGA